GUGUUUAAUGAAAUGACUGAUAAGAAAUCAGUUUGUAUUUACGUGUGAUGAUAACGAGUCGCGUGUUUCUUCGAUCGGUAAAGGAAUUAAAUAAUUAACAUGUCGAUCGAACUUCUUUUGAUUUGAGGUAAGUAUUUCAACAUUCCGGACGACAUGAUCUUUCCGAUUCGGAUACAGGCGAGUGAUGCGAGCUGUUGAUCACUUCAUGGGAGGACGCUGCUGCAACUGAUGGAGAUAAUCUUUGUGCCAGGAUUGCCAGAAUUGUUGCUGUAAUUUCUGCAAGCCGCGAUAGUGAUUCAAAGCUGACUUUAGAGCAUCAAGGAUUCAUCUGAUGGAUCGUGGACUUCAAUUCAGUGUCGGCGCUUUGGAAGCAGGUGGCGUUAUCAGAGAAGAUCUCUUUCGAGCGGAGGUGUCGCGAGCCCGAAGGAUCCAGAAUUUUUCUCGCACGAGUGACAACAACAAUGAAUUACCAGGAUGGAGAUGUUUCAUGUGAAGGUCUCUGAUAAUCAUCGCUGCAAAGUGACAGUGAGGAAGCAAGAUUGGAUGUUUUUGUUCAAAGUGGGUGGGACAACAACGGACGAAAACAAAUUGCGACAUCGAAGUUUAUGCACAAACCGUUGACAAUAUGCAAUGGUGUUGACCAGUUGAUGGUGAUUGCUGAAACGAUUUUCUAUCAACAUGAUGAAAUCAUCUCGAACAGUGGCAACAUGGACACGCUUCAUCUCUUCAGUUACUUCUGGAUCUUUUUCGUUGAUUGUGAGUAUAGAUUGUGGCCACUGACUUUUGUUUAAUUGUAGAAAUGAUGGACCAUUCCACCACAUCGUUGAAUCUUCAAGUUCAGCUGGCAUUAGACCACGUG